UGUAUUUUCCUUCACAGGCAGCUUGUGCGCGGCUAAAAAAAACCCGACGCUGAGAAAAAAAUAUUACAUAAAAUCUUACAUAUGUAUUAACCCAUUAAUUCCAACAAAUACAUAACAGAUAUCAUUGUUUAUAUAUAAAUAGGAGAGAGAACUGCACUGAUUUUUGAAGCACAUUUAAGGGAUAUUUGUUUCAGACUCUUCCUGCCUUUUUUUUAGAAAGUUUGGUACCCUGCCACUGAGCAUGUCAGUGGCUCUUCUCGUGCGAUAUGCCACGCUCAGCGGGUCCCGUGUCUGCUGCAGAGCUGCCCUCGGCCUAACCAGCGUCCACCAAGAAGACCCGAAACGGGCUCUACACACACCAUCAUCUCCUCGGUGCAGCAACUCUCGCUUUGAUCCAGACAGCAGUGGCCGUCCAACUACCUGGGACUCCUUUGGGAUCUGGGACAACCGCAUCGAUGAGCCCAUCUUGCUUCCGUCGAGCAUUAGAUAUGGUAAACCUAUUCCCAAAGUUAGCCUGUCUAAGGUGGGCUGCGCGUCGCAGAUUGGCCAGCGGAAGGUGAAUGAAGACCGCUAUCAGCUGUCGCAGAUGAAGGACAACAUCAUGUACUUUGCAGUGUUUGAUGGGCACGGAGGUGCAGAGGCUGCUGAAUUCUGCCACAGAAACAUGGAGAAAUAUAUUAAAGACAUAGCGGAGGAGGAGGAUAACUUGGAAUUAGUUUUAACCAAAGCAUUUCUUGAGGUGGACAAAGCGUUAGCAAGGCAUCUUCAUUUCAGUGCAGAUGCCUCUCUGUUGAGUGCAGGGACCACGGCCACUGUGGCCCUUCUGAGAGACGGGAUCGAGCUGGUCGUGGGGAGCGUGGGGGAUAGCCGAGCAAUGCUGUGCCGCAAAGGCAAAGCCCUCAAACUCACCGUGGAUCACACGCCAGAGAGAAAGGAUGAAAAAGAGAGGAUACGGAAAAGCGGAGGUUGCAUUACGUGGAACAGUUUGGGUCAGCCUCAUGUCAAUGGCAGACUGGCCAUGACACGCAGCAUUGGAGAUUUCGACCUCAAAACGUCAGGUGUCAUCGCAGAACCAGAGACCAAGAGGACCUCGUUGCAUCACGUGCAUGACUCCUUUCUGGCUCUCACCACCGAUGGCAUUAACUUCAUCAUGAACAGUCAGGAGAUCUGUGACAUCAUUAACCAAUGUAACGACCCUAAAGAGGCAGCGCAGCGCAUAUCUGAGCAGGCUCUUCAGUACGGAUCUGAAGACAACAGCACAAUCAUCGUGGUACCGUUCGGUGCCUGGGGCAAACACAAAAGCUCUGACGUGAGCUUCUCCUUCAGUCGCAGUUUCGUCUCCAGUGGCCGCUGGGCCUAAGAAAAAAAUAAGACAAUGAUGGUUUAACUGUUACACAGAAGUGACUCCCUAGUCUGAAAUUACCAAUGUGCAAUACUAUCCUAAUCCAUCCUGUGAGGAUCACAUCAAAAAAAGACCAUUACAGCCAGAACCCACAUUUAAUGUGGUUUUGGAGUUAAUAUUGACUUAGCAGAAUGAAACAGAGCUAUUUUGCUUAGAGAAGUGGUUGUCUGAACCGCUGGAGUUCAAGCUCCUCUGAGGUUCCAGUUUAUUGUUAUCUGGAAAAUGGUUCUCAUCCGCUUUUAGCCCCUAACCCGUGGUGCUAUCUUUAAUUUGGUUACCUUGGUUGUGGUUUUCACUUUCACAGAUACCGUACUUUAGAAUAGUGUGUUAUAGUGAAAUCAACAAUUAUUCACCGCACUGUUAUUGUGAAUCUCAUUUCAUUUUCAGAACAGGAAUUUUAAGCACUUUCAGAUUUUGGGAGGUUCCAUAUUUUUGUAAUCCACGUACCUCUAGUUUUUGAGCAUUAUCUGACAUGCAGAAGCACGUUUCGGUGGUCCACAGGCUUUGAUAGAGCAGUGUACAUACAGAAGUUUGGACUCCUGUUCCUCAUGCAAGCACAUAUUUCUAUAACUCUGUCUCCUACUCGUAGUGUGAAAAUUCAUUCAUGCUUUAUUCCAACUUAACAACCAGCAAUUUUAAAGCUACUCUAAAAAAAAAAAAAUUCCAACUUGACUGAAUUUGAAACCUAACGUAAGGACCAUUUCACAAACGAAUCAAUGAUUUUUCUGUGCCUUUCCCAUAAAUAUCUGUUCUUUUCUGACGUGCUUGAGUCGUUCUGGUAAGGAACUCAACUUAUAACUGAAGUUUUAAACUGUGACUUGCGCUUGUUUAGUGUUACUAGACAAACUAUUUUUGUUCAGAUUGUACAGUUCAGUGGUAUUACCUACAGCGCAUAGAGCAAAGUCCAGAUAUUCGUUUUAUGUUAUUUAUAUAAUGUACAUGAUGGACAGCUAACUCUAUGGUAUAUGUGAUUGUAUAUUAUAUUUAAAUACAUCUUUUCUUCUAAGUCUCCUUAAGCAGAAAUGUAAAAUAUCAUUCAUCCAUCCACUGAUAUGAUUGUAAAUGCAGGCAUUCUGCUGUAACUUUAAAACCUAAAGCUUUUAAUUGGAAAGGCUUCUGUCAUAAUCUCUGAUUUCCAGUGAUUUUUAUUUGUAGAGCCAUACACAUGUGACCUCAACAAGUCAGUGUCUUUGUUUUGAUGCUGUUUUUGAACUCAUCAUUCAGCAUUUACUCUCAUUUUAGACUUUUAACAACCUUUAAUGUCUUCCUCUUUAAGGUCCAAAAGCACAUCCAUUUCUUUCUUUUUUUUUCUCCAUAUGUACUGUUUUUCGAUCAAUAUGUUUCUGUAAGAUUGUAUUAUAUACAGUGUUGAUCUUGUGCAUGGAUCUUGCCCAGAACAAUCUGUAAUACAACUGCAGUGUUUCCUGCUCUAUAUAUGGACCUAAGUUUGCUUUAUUGAUAUGCAGUUUAUUGUGAAGUAUAAUGCAGCUGUGAAUAAAGUAACAGAAACAUCUCUGUUGGAUGAACAUGA